UCAUUUUACAAACAUCUCCAUGAUCAAAAACAGGAAGCAGGCUUAGCAUUAGCAUUAGCUUUAGUCUAAUGGACAUGUUCCUUCCAGCAGCCCCAACAUGUUCAGGCCGAAUCUGAAUCCAGUCCAGCAGAUCGUCUUGUUUUGGUCUGGACCUGAGCUGCACUGCCAGCAGGCCUCCAGCUCACCAGCUAUGAGACUCAGUGUCCUGGCUUUGCGCACCCUAAAAAUAUCCGUCACCAAGUGCGCGGAUCAAAGGGGCAGCAACACCGCCAUGAAUCCCGCCCCGGCAUUUAACCUAAAACCUUUGAGAGGAGGAGCGUGCACUGUGAGCGCAGUUCCUGGCAUCCGGCGCUGUGCACAGGAGACGUUGGCUCGGGUUUCACAGACGCGCACUGACGGCUGACCUGCGGCACAGACACGGAGCGCUCAGAGCAGGAGCAGCAGCUGGGACAGACGGAGCGGGACGCAGAGGAACCAGAGUCCCUGUGAAUCAGGACCAGCACUCACUGACUGACAGCAGCUUCUGCAUGACUUGUAUUCUUCUAGCUGUAAUGUAGCUGCUUCUCUGGUGCAGCAGGGUAGUGUAGAGACAGUCUGAAGGAGAAAAUAGACUUUUGCUAAACUUUUGUCCCUUUAGAGAGGCCAGCUCCAAAGCUGCUGGUCGAUUCUUCUUCUGCUGCUCUUCACCUGAUGAAUACUGGGAUUUCCGUGUGGAUCAGAGCAGAGUUACUUUUCUGAAAUGGAAGAGGAUCCGAAGUGGGGGGUUCCUGUGAAGCCGGGUGAGGCGAGGAGGACUCGGGGCGAGCAGCAGCAGCCGCUGUGGAGACACUGGAGAGAUCUGUGUGGCGCAACGAUCUGCACCGCCGUGGCUCUUCUGUGCGUUGGAUUUUGCGUUGUGGUUUUUGUGCGAACAUCGGAGUUGCAGUCCAGGAUAGUAAGUCUGGAGCAGCAGCAGCGGGACGCGUGGAUGUCGACUGUGGAGCAGGUGGAGCCCGUUAUUCUGGGCCGACUGGACCAGAUCCUGGAGGAGAAGCUUGCAGCACGACUACCAAAGACACGGGAGGUGAGGGAAGCUCCCCACAGCUGCCUGUGUCCCCCAGGACCUCCAGGUCCUCCUGGACGAGCAGGCUUUCCGGGUGACAAAGGAAGUAUGGGAAUUCCUGGGAGAAUGGGCUUAAAAGGACAAGCAGGGGAGAAGGGAGCACCGGGCGAGCCAGGUCUGUCUAUCAUUGGACCAAGAGGACCUCCUGGACAACCUGGAACGAGAGGCUUUCCAGGAUUUCCAGGUCCAAUUGGGUUGGAUGGCAAGGCUGGACAGAGCGGGCCGAAGGGAGACAUGGGUCAGCGUGGUCCUAAAGGACUCCCAGGAGAACCUGGACCCAAAGGGGAGAAGGGUAUAUGUGGCGACUACACACACAGGGGCCUCUUUGCGCAGGAUCUUCCUCUGAAAACCCUGGCUGCCUUACGCUCCAGUCAGGCUCUGAUGUUGAAGAUGUUGCCCAUCACCGUGCGCAACAUGCCCUCAAUAAGCCCUCUAAUCCUAAAACGCCUCAAGCAGGGUGAGCCUGGAGCACAGGGACCCCCAGGACCUCCAGGGCCACCCGGACCUCCAGGGACUGCAGGUCUGAAUGGAUCCAGUGGCCCUCCGGGAAAGCCUGGUGAACCAGGAAAACCAGGAAAAGACCCUAGGCUUUUACCAGGACUGAAGGGUGAGCCAGGUGUGCCAGGACAAAAGGGUGAUCGAGGUGAUGUCGGCCCACCAGGGCCUGAAGGCCCAAAGGGAGUUAAGGGAGACCAUGGAAUACAGGGAGAACCAGGAUUCCCUGGCGCUCCUGGGUUAAAGGGCCAGGCUGGCAUCCCUGGUACCCCUGGCAUCCCUGGCAAGAGGGGCUACAGGGGUGAAAAAGGAGAGCCAAGUAUUGCAGCCCAGGGAGAUAAAGGAGAGCCGGGCUCACCUGGACUGCCAGGCCUAAUGGGACCCAAGGGUGACAAAGGUGACCAGGGAGAGAUGGGGGAUGCAGGCCCCGAAGGCCCAACUGGACCGAGAGGUCCACCAGGCCCAACUGGGGAGCCAGGAAAAGCUGAAAUCCACAACAAUGAAAAUGAUAUCCGCAACAUACCCCCAAUGGGCCCACCUGGAUUACCUGGACCUCCAGGACUCCCUGGUGUCAAGGGAGAAGUGGGUCUACCAGGUGCACCAGGACUGGACGGGGAGAAGGGACCGAGAGGGAAGCCUGGAGAGCCUGGUCCUGCGGGUCCAGCUGGUCCUGAAGGUCCCAGAGGGGAGGGUGGUGUCAUGGGCUUCCCAGGACCCAAGGGAGACAAGGGAGACAUUGGUCCAUCUGGAUCACCUGGUUUAGAUGGCCCUACGGGUGAAAAGGGGGAUACAGGGGCCCCUGGCCCUAUUGGAUUACCUGGUGCAAUGGGUCCUAAAGGUGAAUCCGGAGAAGGAGGAAGGUCAGAAAUGCUCUAUGGUCCUCCAGGGCCUCCAGGACCUCCAGGACCGGUUGGCCCAGCAGGAUCUCAAGGAUCUUCAGGGCCAAAGGGAGAGCCAGGCAUAGGCAUCAGAGGAGAAAAGGGAGCGACAGGCCAGAAGGGUGACAAGGGAGACAGGGGCCAUCUUGGACUCCCUGGGGCUCAUGGGUUAGACGGCAGACCGGGUCCAGUGGGUCUAAUAGGACCAGCAGGUGUGCCAGGGCCAGCGGGACCAAAGGGAGAGAGAGGUGAAAAGGGAGAUGCAGGAUUACCAGGACCAACUGGGCCUCAAGGCAUCCCUGGUUUAGUAGGACCUCAAGGGCUCAAAGGGAACCGGGGAGAGAGGGGCAAGAAAGGCAACAGGGGGGCCAAAGGGGAUAAGGGAGACCAAGGAGCACCUGGAUUAGAUGCCCCUUGUCCGUUGGGAGAUGAUGGUUUACCUGUCCCAGGAUGUUGGAAUAAAGGUCAACAUCCUUUCCAACUGGCUAAGAAGUAGGCAAUCAGAGAUGUUCUCCAUGAAACCACAAAGAGGACAGCUGAAGACAUGUGGAGAUAUCUUUGAGUUUUUAUCCAAACCUGGAGUUGGCAUUUCAACGGUUUUCCAGGCAGCUGCAUACAGGGUCAGUAACGUGUGAGGCUCUGGUGGCAGUGGUGAGCACAGUAACUUUAAGACUAGCAAGUAAAGACAUUGUACCAUCCUUUAGUUAGUCACUGAAGGCUCUCUGGACAGGACACCCACCUUGGCCACAGGGAGAUACUGAACUUACUCAUGUGUUUCUUCUUUGAUCUAUUUAACUUCAAGUGAAAGAAAGGCAUGGACAUUUUAGCACAUGCUAUUUGUUGUGUUUGAUGUGACAUCAAAUCUGAUACUGUGAUAAAGAAUUCAGAGCAGCUCACAGAGCAGAUAGAUGCCAUGUGUUUCCAUGAAAAAACAAAGACCCUCUUGAUGAUUCCUUCUUGAUAUUAUCUGACUAACUGCCGUUUUCAAAAAUCCCUUGUUUGCCUGCAGCUAUGACAUUUUGUUUGAAUGACUGUGCUGUUAAGGAAAUAUUUUGAAGCUAGCAUCAGACAUAAUGCCUGGUCACAUUUAUGGGUUUCUUUACUUUUUGUAUUGAGGUGUUAAAGGACACCACAAUUUGAUGCUGUUAUUGUAAGUAUUGUACAAUAGACAUGGGAUUGUAUGUAUAAAAGUACUCAGUCUUUGUAAAUAGAUUGCAUUAAUGAAACAUGAUUUUACAUCAAAAUUCUCAAAGGGCAUAUGCUGAUUGUGUACAGAGGAUUGAUAUGUUUUCCUUCAUACACAUAUAAUAUUUGAGAAAAAUAUAUUUUGGCCUCUUGUUCACAAACAUUUUGGAAGACUUUACUAUUUUCUCAUUUGUAUGCUUCAUAUAUCCAGUCUGUGUCAUGUGCAGUGCGAUAUAUGCAUGCAAAAACAGGAUCUCAUUUUUGUUUUUUGUUUUUUUUGAUUCAGAAGACAAAGUGGUUUUGAUUUUAUGUGUUGCUUUGUCAUUCUUAGUAGAAAUUGAUCUGUAGUCACAAAAAAACAAGCAAAACAGUACAACUAGACAAUUCCAACACAGUAGGAAUAUUUAUCAGCAGAUACUGUAUAUUCAUUAUCAAAAAUGCUCUUUGUCAGUGUUUUACUCAACAAAACUUUGGUAACACUUAAAAAUAAGUCAUUAAUAAAUGAUGAAUAUAUUAAACUUGAGUUAACAGUUAUUUGCUGUUAACAAUUACAUGCUUUAUUAACCAUUAAACAGUUAGUAAAGGUUUAUAAACAUCAACUUUAUGAUGGCCAUCCAUAUAAUAUUUCUAGAUGUACUACAUAGUAUUUAUCCAACAGUGAUAUAAACAUCAGUUGUAAAUUUAGACUCAAGAAUUAUUCACUGGUUGAUUGUUUACACUGAAAUAACUGUUAUCUUAAGUUAUUAACUUAUCAUUCAUUAAUGAUGGUUAUUAUAAAGUGUUACCAAAACCUUUACUGUUUCAUUGAAAAUCAAAUGUACAGAAGCAUUCCUUAUGUCAUUUUGACAGCUGCCUUGUAAACAAACCUGGUUCACAAUGGUGUUUCAUUUUUAUUUAUUUGUUGUUGUUUUUUUUCCAGUUUUGAGUUAAGUAGUUUGAAAGUGAAAGAAAUGUAAUGUAGUUUUAUUAUUUCAACAGGUGCAGUAAUCUAUUUAGUUGGUGAGAUGUACCUUUGGUUAACAUUUACAUUAGUGACAAACGUAUGUAUGAAUGAAAAUAGCCUGAAAAUCACAUGAUUAAUCAUUGUAAUUUUGAAUCAAUUUUCCUUGAAAAGAAACCUUUCGAAAGUAACAGUUCAGUGGCCGAGAUCACUCAAAGCUCCGAGCUCCAAGACUAAAUAUGAGCAAAGAGAGAAAAUAUCAUCACCUUUUUCACUGUCUGUUUGAUUGUGUUUUGUUGCUUUCUCAGCCAUCACACAAAAGGGACUAUAACCACAAUUCACAGUUGGUAACUGAUUGAUUUUGUUCAACAUUUAAAGGAGACAUAUUAUGCUCAUUUUCAGGUUCAUACAUUCACUUUUAUCGUCUCGGUUCAAAGACAUUUAAACACAUCAGCUUUCUGUGCGGUGCUGCAGCACUGUAUUCACCCAAGUCCACUCUGUUCUAGCUAUCCAUUUAAGGCUCAGUCUGCUCUGAUUUGUCAGCCCAUGCCGGACUGAGCCAUCAACACUCCCUGUAUCUAGUGUGAGCACUGCUGGUGUUUUUUGUUUCUAGCUAGGUACUUCUGACUGUAUAAAAUAGUGGACAGAGAUUUCUGAAGAGCCAAAGUGAAGCUCAAAGUGGGUGGCACCCGCUGUCACCAUCUUGGGGUGAGGAUCCAAGAGCAAAACAGGCUUCAUAUAACAAUAAAGCUAACACUAGCCAAGCAAGCUCUGCAGUAUAAAUAUACAUAAAGCAACAUAAAAAAAAAUAAAAAAUAAACUUACCAGCAUCAAACCUACUCAUUGGCCUUGGUUGACCUCCAUGCAUUUUCUCAUGAGUGUCCCUAAAUAUUACAUUAGUCCCAUGUCCUCCCAUGUUGAAUUCAGAAGGGUUAACUACAAAAUAAUCAUUAAAACAACAUUAAAUCAUGGGGAAACCUAGGAAACUGGGAAAGUUAGUCAGGAAAUGAAGACACAGAAAUGGACAGACAGUCAGAUGAUCUGUAGUAAAAUUCAUACACACAUUUUUUUUUAGUUUUCCCUUCAUUUUAAGGACUUUUUUGGCAUAUUUCCAUCAAAAUAAAGCUCUAGCACUGGGUCUAAACAUCCUUAGAGGGGAGUAGAUAACACUUGUGUCAAUUAUUGAAGCCAGCAACAGAGCAGCUUCCAUGCUUGGCUCUUACUUUUGUACUGGCCAUCAUCUUGUUAAAAAUACCACACUUACACAUGUAGAAACUCUGAGGUCCAUUGUUUAAAAUGUGCUGGUCUGUACAGCCAACAGCAGAGCAGCUGUGCUAAAUUUUUGCAUUCAACACAAUUCGGUUUGUGCGAGAAAAACAAUGGCAAACCUAUGCAGAGGUAGCUUUCUUUUGCUGGGGAUAAUGAGAUCAGGGACAGUGUUAACUCACUGUACGUAAGGAGGAGACCAAAAUCUGAAUGCCUGAUGAAUCUGAACUAGGCAUCCCAGAAAAAAACUGAUGCGGAUGUCCAUUUUCACAGUUUGUGGGUUGGUAGGCACUCCAGAUACCCAGCACUGUUUUCCAUAAUAUGUCCCCUAUUGCAUAGAAUUUGGUCAUUUAUUAUGUUGAUUAUCAUUUCAGUAAUGAAAUUAACAUUUUAUAUAUGACAGAAAUGUUUAAAGUUUAAAGCAGUAGAAACUGUUUUGCACAAAUAUGGAAUUAACACACUAACACUAUAUACUAUACACACACAUACACACACAUAUAUAUUGUAAUGAAAUAUAUAUAUAUAUAUAUAUAUAUAUAUAUAUAUAUAUAUAUAUAGAGAGAGAGAGAGAGAGAGAGAGAGAGAGAGAGAGAGAGAGAGAGAGAGUAUACACACAAAUAGUUGUUCAUUUGCUUUAUUUAGUUGGUUUGCUCUGUCAUAAUAUUUCUGUAUCUUUAUCCAGUGGACUUGUAAAAGUAUACUCUUCAUGUAAUACGCUACAAACAAAGUAGAAAUUACAAUAUUAGUGUACAUGAAUUUGGAUGACAGGAUACAAGUUUUAUCAAAGUUUUUAAGUAAAAAUGCUGAAUCCAAGUAAAUGUCUUAUUUGACUCAUUUUACAUGCAGAGUACACAUAUGUUUUUUGGCUUUGUAUCGAAGCUAUAACUUUGCUGUAACAUGUGGUUGGUGUGGCAGAUUUGUUAAUGCCAGUUUGUGCACUAUGUAUUAUUUACUUCACUUGAUGAGCUCUUCAGGGACAACAUAAUGCAUUCAGAUACAAAAAAGAGAGAUGAAGGCUCGUACUGACUUUUGUUUCACUUUGACAUCUACUUCAUGUAGGGCUGGGGGAUAUGGUCUAAAAAUGGAAUCUGAUUUUUUUCACACAUUUUUUUCCUUCUUAAAAACAAACAACAAAUGACAAAGAAAUGAUUCAAGUAUUGCUUUCACUUUAAUGCUUCUAUUGUAAACACUAGGGCCCUGCUAUUUUAAAUAGUGCACUCAUACACAGAACAAACACAGGGCACGUGUAAAAUUAUGAUGAACCAUGCAAGAACAUUUUGUGGAAUAAUGUAUUAAUUUGAUUAAAAUGCAAAAGUUGCAUCAUACAUGAAGGGUGCCGUUAAUGUGGCACAUUAACAGCACCCUUCACUCCCCUUCACCCCACUGGGAAAGUGAACACUGAGUGUGCUGACAUCACUUGAAUGCAACAUUAGCCAUUUCGACUCAUACCUAUACAGUUGUGCAGCCUGUGUCCAAAGCACUGGAGGUUGGCCCAUUCAUUCUCUUUCAGAGCUUUGAUCAUGUUGGUGCUCCUUGCUUUCACUGAUGUUGAACAGUAGAUUGUUCUCUGAGCACCAUUCUGCAAGACUGUUGAUUUCCUCCCGAUAUGAAGUCUCAUGUUGUUUAUAUGUGGCCGAUGAUGGUGGUGUCAUCCUCAUAUUCUAAAAUAGAGUUUUCUUGACGUCUGGGAAUGCAGAUAUCGAUGUACAUUGUGAACAAGAGGGGGUUGGGCACGCAGCCCUGGGGGGCUCCAGUGUUGAGCGCUAACAUAGAGGAGGUGUGACUGCCAAUCCGAACUCUCUGGGGCUGCUUGCAGUCCGAUAUCUAGUUGCAGAGUGUUGUAAUGAAGCCCAUAGUGUUUAGUUUUCAGCUUCAUGGGUUAGAUUGUGUUGAGGGUUGUGCUGACUUUUUAGGAAUAGGAAUGAUGGUGGCUGUCUUGAAGUGGGAGGGAACAGUCUCUGAGAGUGAGAUGUUAAAAAUGUCAGUAAUUACAUCAGCUAGCUGAUCGGGACAUGUUUUUAGUACACAGCGAGGUAUGUUAUCUGGAACAGCAGCCUUAUUUGUAUUCACUCUCAGCAGUAUUUUCCUCUAAUCCACUGUGGUUACUUACAGUGGCUGGUCUUCUACUUCACAGCUCAGUCUUUGUUGAGAGGAUCGAAACAAGCAGAAAAUGUGUUUAGCUCAUCUGGCUUGUACUAAUGCCUUAGAGUGCUCAUCAAGUGAAGUAUGAACAGUAUAUACAAAAGUAUUUUCUUUAGGUCACACUGUUUAGAACAUUAGAAGAGUAAGUAGACAAAUUAAACUGGUCAUAAAUACUGUUUUAUUUCAAUCAACGUAGAAAUCUUGUUGUGUAAUUUGUUUUGGUUGAAAAUUAUGUACUUGUCAGAUCAGAGCAAUAUCUGAGAAUGGAUAAGAGGGCAUUAUACAGAAUCUGCAUGCUGUUGCAAAGCCUGUAUGAAGCAUUAUUUACAUUAUUUAUCAUGUCUUCCUAUAUUGGUGAUGGAACAUUAGAUAUUUUGUACAUUGAUGUUUUUUCCUGCACAUUCAACAGAAAUCUGCCACCUGAGUGACCUUGUGUGCUACCAAAACAAUGAAUUGAGAUGUAUAAGUUUAUUUCCAAGAUUCAAUAUGACUUCUAACCCCAGGUGAGGUAUUCAUUGCCGUCCACGUGUUGAGUACCUCUGAGUUUAAUGUAAUUAUUUGUUUUUCACUUUCCAAAAUAAUUUAUUUUUUAUAAUCCAAAUAUGGCAGCUGUUCUCCCUGAUUGCCAAAUGUUUAGCACAAGUACAUUUUUUAAGCAAUUUGCCAGUGACUCAGAAUAAAGACAAG